AUGAACCACCAACCACCACCACACCGAGACAUUUCCAACGGUCAAGCACUAAACAUGUAUUCCAGAGACUACAAUUACAACAACAACAACAACACCUCCCCCAACACCAAAUCCUCCCGCAAAGGGGUGAUCAGGAUGGAUCCCGAUUGUGCCAUUUGCCACGCCCCGGCUUCUCACGCCUGCGAGUGUGAAGCCAAGGGUCUGGAGGUGGCGGUCCGGCAAGCCGAGGCCCGUAUGAUGCAGUCUAUCUACAAUGACAUCAGAUCAUGGGUUCGCGCACACGCACAGGACUAUAUCCUCGAGUACUUCCGACUGUUGACAGAGCGACGCAAGGCGACACAUGCCCAACACUUGGAACGCAUCACUGCUCAUGCCUACCACUACUACCACGCUCCACCGCAUCCCAAUGAGAUCGCGGCCGCGCAACAGGCGCUCAAGAGGGGUAUCGAUGAGGACUGGCAAGCAUCGGUUCAACGCUAUCCCGAGGUACUCGAGUACUUCUACAGCUUGGUUGAACUGACCCUUCCCGACGAUAACGAGCCUGCUGUCAAGGACCCGCCCCUCAGCGCCCUCCAAGGGUCUCGCAAAGCAGCUCGACGAAACACUGGACCAGGGACUGCUGUGAGCGGCCCUAGCCUCGCAGCCCCCCCUCCUCAUCUCCAUGAGAGAGAGCCUCUGCCACUUCCUCGAGGCCGGACCCCGCCACCACUUGAGCCCUUGCGCGAGAGAAGAACGCCUGCGCCACCAGGAGGAGGAAGAAGGCAGUCUUACAGAGGCCCUCCACCCGGACCCCCACCCCCGCCCGCUUCUGCUUACUUCCCACCGCAGUAUGGGCCAAUGUAA